AUGAUGAGAUUCCAAUGUUCGCAGCUCGUCAUCGAGCGGCUCGAUCCUCUCGUGAACCCAGGCAUGUUGCCGUCAACCCAUCAGCACCAGAUUGUUGGCGGUAACUCGUUCAACGCCACCAUGACGCCCGUCGAGUUCGACCCGUCGACCCGGUCCACUUGCACCACCUGCUCUUUCAGCGAAGACUUCUCCAACUAUUGGACCGCCAACAUCUACUUCCGCGCCAAAAACGGCAGCUACAAGCGUGUGCCCCAGAUGGUCAACCUUGGGCUCCAAGGCAAGGGGGGUGUGACUGUGUACUACAUCCCGCCCUAUGACGGCAAGACCAAGGUCACGGCCUUCAAGCCUGGUUUCCGCAUGCUAGUGGGCGACCCCAAUCUCCGUACACAAAGGGGCAUGCAGAAGCAGAUCUGCCACCGAUGCGAGCACAACAUCGAGCAGAACCCCUUUGGAGGCGCUCCAUGCACAGGCGAUGACACGGCCGCGUUCCCGAACAGGAUGUGCCCGGGCGGAAUCCGCACCACUAUCACCUUCCCAACAUGCUGGGAUGGCAAAAACGUCGACAGCCCCGACCACAAAAGCCACGUCGCCUACCCCAGCAGCGGCAGCUUUGAAACCACCGGCCCUUGCCCCGCCAGCCACCCCGUGCGGCUGCCCCAGCUCAUGUACGAGGUCAUGUGGGACACGCGCGAGUUCAAUGACCCAGCCAUCUGGCCCGAGACGGGCCAGCCGUUGGUCUACUCGAUGGGUGAUGGAACCGGAUUUGGCCAACACGGCGACUACAUCUUUGGCUGGAAAGGCGACGCACUGCAGCGCGCUCUCGACGCCCGCUGCACAGGCGACCGGUGCUCGGUGCUCAAGACACAGUCGGUUGCCGACGCGCUUGCGUGCCAGAAGGAGCAGAGCGUGAAGGAUGAUACGGAAGGAUGGCUGUCUGAGUUGCCUGGAGGUUUGCCGGUGACUUAUCAGUAA